AGAGAGAGAGAGAGAGAGGCGCUCCUGGUGCCGCUGGUCACACUGGGACGUUGUUGUUGCUGCUGUUGUCAAUGAUGCGAAGCGACACUCCUGCCAGCGUGUGGACACAUUUGUACAUUUUUGCAGAGCAUCUCUGUGUGGUUGAGACCAGUUGAAGUUGGCUUCCUGCCUGUUGAGAUGUGCCAAUAGGAAACACUGUGAGGAGGAGUUCAUGCUGAUGAAAUUGAUCUGCUCAGUGAGCUCCAACCAGAGCCAUGGGGAGUACCCAGACUGCCGGAGUGAGAGGGAGUCAGGAGGGGAGGCGUCUCUCCUGGUGUCUCCGCUGGUGGUGGCGGGGAUUGUUAUAGGUCUGGUCCUCUUCCUCUCCUGCGUCACCAUCAUCAUUGGCAGCUUGCGCAAAGACAGUCGACUCAGAAACCCACAUCUCCGAGCUAGUUACGGACCAGAUGGUUUAUCCUAUGGAGGCUCAGUAGGAGAACUGAGGUCUACCUGCUUAGAAGACUUUCCUCCUGGUUUAGACUUUGACCCAUACAGGGAAACACUAUCGCAGGUCAACAGCCUGUACCCCGACUCACCUCCACAUUACAGUGAGUGUGUUGGCCCUGGUUCUACUCAGAUCUACAUACCCACAGAUGACCCGCCUCCUUACUCCCUACUGGACCCCUGUCACAGAGGGGCAGAGCAGGAGGAGCAGCCUAGCUACAGCAGUCUGGAUCCUUCUCAGUUCUGUGGAGAGCCCUCGACCAGUGCCUCAUGGUUCUCCCCCUCCAGCUACUCACUGGGCUUACAAGAGCAAGAGCAACAACCCAUUGCAUCCAUCUCCUUACCACUGGAGGCAGCACCGCCUUAUGAGUCAGUGUUGGCAGAGCAGGGACAGCCCCUCCCUCUCAUGCCAUGUGACCUUUAUAAACACCGAUCAGAGAGGGAGGAUGAUGGAACCUCCAGGCAACCAGGGGCGAAUCAGAUCUUUUAGGACAAUUGAUCUGUUUCUGUCAGGUGUGUUGUUGGUUGUCCCCAGCUGAACUGAACAACACUUGUGAUGUGGGGCACAAAGUGGCUGUUACAGCUGUGAUUUCAAACAGUGGACACUAAUGAGAUGUACACAUCUUCCACAACAGCUGCUGACAUGUAAUAAGGCUGAAGACUUCCUGAUGUCAGCAGCUGGACUGGCAUGCAGCCAGGACUCCAGUUUUCAAUCUACAAUUUGUGUGGACAACACAGUUGUACACUGAAGUCUCUGGAAUGACAGCUUCUCUCAUAAACAGGUUUGUGAUCCUAGUGAUGUGUGCUAGGACUGAGACUCUCCUCCAUCUGAUAAUGAUUCUCUUUUUGCCAUGUUUUGACUGUUAAUGUGUCUUUCUAGAAUUAGGACUGAUCUACAUGUCAUGUGUCAUAUUUGGAAUCUAGGAACAUUUAAUUGUCAUAUGAUGACACAAAACAGAUGUAUGUGUAGGAGAAAAAUGGUGUGUACAAUAUUAAUAUGGGUUUAAGUAGUGUAGUUUAAUCUAUACACAAACACACAGAGCUCCCCUUCAUCCUGUCAGUGUAUUUUAAUGAUGUUUUGAAAGGAAGUAUACUGUACUUAUACUUAGCUCUGGUGUAGUUACUUUACAACAUAUGGUGGUACAUUUAGAGUAGCGUGCUGUUCAGUAGUACUCUGGUGUGGUGUUGGUAGUUAGAGGAUUAACACUGUGACAAAAUGGGUGUAACCAUAAAAUUCAGACAAAUUCAGAGAUUGUCUGGAUAAUGAAUUAUCAACGACCAGCCCCUCUAUUCCCAGUUGUGUCUGUUGUCCCUUUGAGCAAGGCACCAUGAUGAUAUUGUCCAUUUCUGUACCAAUUGUCAUAAUUCUUUAUAUCAAGGGCUCUGGUUUAAUAUCGAUGCUGUAAGUGAACUUCAGCAGCAACAUGUAGCUCAGAGACAUGCUCCUGAUGAGGUUGAGUUGAUGCAACAGUUACAUAUAAAACUGUAGAUGUUAACCUGCUGUUCACUGGUGAAACAAAUGCUUCUGUCUUUGUCUUUUUCUCUGUUUCACUCGCAUAAAAUGCUUAACUUGGCUCGAGCCAAGAUGUUUGUUCACCUUGUAAAAAAGCUUUCCAAGCAUCAGCAAGUGUUUUUAGUUAAUCUGUGUAAAUAACAAAAGUUGUCUCAUCUUAGCUUUAGCAUAACUAUGUACAAAUUAAUAUUCUCUCUGAUACACAGAAAGAUAACACCCAUGCAGCAGGUGUGCAUGAACAAAGCAACCAGCUUUUCACUGCUGCUGGAGCCCAGGAGCUGAACACCUCCGUUCUGGCUGCCAGAGAGCCUGUUGCAUCACCUCAAAGCUCGCUGUUGGUUACGUUCUGACACUGAUGAAGACAGACACAGGAGAGUCAUGUCUGAAAAUUAACAGUGUGUGGAGGGUAAACCUGGGUUAUCCUGGAGACACUAAGACCUGUAGACAACACAUCACCAUUUAUCACCAGUUAUUGAAGCAGGAAGCCAUUUGAGGCUGAGCUUUAAUAACAAAUGUUGUUUAUCAUUUAUAAAAUCAUUUGUCCAGAUUGAUUUUUGUGAAUUAGUUUAGUUUAUUUAGAAAACAGUCCUUGUCUGACACUGUUUUUUUGUUAAAUGAUGUGCCUAAUAGCCCUCCGACUGUUAGCUUCAGCAUUGUAGCCAUAACAUAAUAAUCUGGAUGCAAGCAGCCACUGCUGGUAAGUGUUUAUGUCAUUAUAGUAUUGCUUUACUCGUGUGGUAUGGAAGAUCUUCUCAUUAACUGAAUCCCUGUUAACUCAGAUGGCAGAUUUUAUCAUCUGUGUUACUCUUUAUUCACUUAGUCUUACUCUGUUUUUCUGACAGUAAUGCAUUUAUUACCUUUUGCCAAAAGAGCAGUGCAGGAUUUUUCUGCUUAAUGCCAGAUUCAAGAAAUAGUUUGUUUUUAGCGGAGGGGGGGAGCACUGAAAGUUAGAGUAAAAAUUAUAAAACAAAGUUUUGUUUUUGGAAUGGUGACUGAAAAAGGUAGAGUUAUACAGAGAAUCUUAAAAUCUUUAGAAGAAGUCAUACAUCUGCUUUCAAAACUCCCACACUACUCUCUUUUUAGCCAUUGUUUAUUAUCAUGUGAUGUGAAUAUUUGUGUUCUAUGUAUUUACACAAAUUCACGUGGGUCAAAA